CAAGAACUGACUGGACUAGAGAGGACUCUUAGCAAGGUGGAGCUUGCUUCCAACAGGAGGACUUUGGCUUCAGGACAACCUUGAAGGCAGCAUAUUCUUUUCAUUUGAAUUGCACAAAAAGCUGCCAUUAUGGGGGAGUGGUCCUUUCUGUCUGAUUUGUUAGACAAGGUGCAGUUUCAUUCCACCUUCUUGGGAAAGGUCUGGAUGAGUGUUCUUUUUCUCUUCAGGAUCUUCAUUCUGGCAGCUGGUGUCGAUAAAAUAUGGGGAGACGAACAAUCAAACAUGAAGUGUAACAUCCUAACGCCUGGAUGCAAGAAUUCUUGCUAUGAUCACACCUUUCCUUUGUCUCAUACACGCUUCUGGGUGCUCCAGAUUCUCACUGUCUCCACGCCAACGCUCAUCUAUCUGGGCCACGUCUUACUAGUGAUUCGUAAAGAUAACAAACGGAGAAGACGCCUGGAGGAAAAAAGGAAAAAGCAGGAGAUGAUUAAAGCCCCCAAGUAUUCAAAUGAACAUGGCAAAGUGAACCUCAAAGGCGCCUUGCUGGUCAGCUACACGUUUCAAUUGUUGUUCAAGAUUUUGCUUGAAGUAGCAUUCAUUGUAGGACAGUACUACCUCUAUGGCUUCAUACUUAUGCCAAAUAAGGUUUCUUGUUUCAAGGACCCAUGUAAGACAGAGGUACACUGCUUCAUUAGUCGCUCCACAGAGAAAAGCAUCUUUAUUAUAUUCAUGUUAGCAAUGGCUGUGUUUUCUGUCAUUUUAAACAUUGUGGAGAUAUUUUACCUGAUGAUCUCAAAGAUAAAGGAGAGGAAAAGAAGGACCAGCAGCUCCAUUCCACCAGAGGGAUUCAAUCUCAACAACCCAAAUCCCAAUUCAACUGAGAGAGUUACAUGGUGUUGAAAGACAGUGAGCUGUCAUAAACAUUGACAUAGGUCACUAUCAUUAGUUACAACAUCACUCAACAUCUUCAUUUGAAUUUUACAUCUUAUUUCAGGUUUAAAAUAAAUCAACCCCAUCGGUCAAAUUGUACAUAGACAGCCAACGAUGUUAAAUGCAGAAACUACUGAAAAUGAGAUGUGCUCGUAUUCAAAGUUAUAAACUGCCAGUAUUAAACACUCACAUACUGAUCCAUCUAUCUUUAAAAGUACUAGUAGUUAAAAGCUCUGUUUGUGUCUAAAAGAUCUAAUACACAGUAUUUCAUUGUAUUGUGAUAGUGUGGUCUUUCAUUCCUUACAAUGAUGGAAAUGAACAGCUGUCUGUAGGGGUUAUCAUGGCUAAGCAAGCACACACCUGACAUGUACACUACAUUCCCAUGUUGCGCAUCAAUUUUCAACCAGAAAA